AUACACAUUCAAAUACAUAAUAAUAUGGGGGUGGUGGACAUUCAUGGCAAGCUGAGGGUAGCUCUUGGCACAGUAAAGGAUCAUGUAUCCAUUGGCAAAGCCAUAAUAUACAAUAACCUUCAUCAAGAAUUAGGUAAAACCUUUUCUGACAUAGAAAUUGCAGUUUUGCGAGCCACAGGUCAUGAUAAUGGCCCUUUUGAUGACAAACACAUGCAUCAAAUCCUUUUCUUGGUCUCAAAUGCUCCGUCCACCGCCGCUUCCAUCGCUUUUCUUGCCGAGCAUAUUUCCCGCCGUCUUUCCAAGACCAGAGAUCCUCUCGUAGCACUCAAGACUCUCUUUCUUAUUCACAGACUCUUACGCGGAGGGAAUCGUUGCUUCGAGCAGCAGCUUCGUCGCGCAAGAAUAUCCGGCCACCUGCAAUUGCAAAUCUCCUUUUCUCAUCACUUACCUUGUUCCUUCCUUCACAAGUAUGCUGCUUAUCUUGAAGAAAGAAUUGGUUGGGCCAUUAACCAAGCUGGAAAGCUUGAACCUGCCAAUUAUUAUGCUAAUAAUAAGUACUGUAUUGAUAUGGUAUUUCGUAAACUACCCAAGUGUCAAGUCUUUAUAGAUAAGGUGUUAGAUUGUUGGGCCAUUUAUGCAGAUGAUAAUACUAACGUUUGGUCGUCUCCAUCUCAAGUAGCAGCCAUGACUAUGAGCAACACCUUGAAGGAGAGUUUUCAAGUUUACAUGACGUACUGUGAAGGGGUAGCUGCUCUUGUUAAUAUGUUCUUUGAUUUGUCGAUGCCGGCCAGAGCCUUGGCUUGCCGGAUUCUCAAGACCGCUGCUCAGCAAACCCAACAGCUUCAUCAGGUUUACGAGAAUUGCAGAAGAGUUUUAGACAGCAAGAAUUUGGAGUAUCCAACGGUGGAGAUCCUCACCAUGGAUCAUGUUAGGGCAUUGGAGAACUACUCAAAUUACCAAUUACCAAUCACCAAGUUCACAGGAAAGGAGGGUGAUGAAAAGGAGGCCACCAUCACCUCAUCUCCGUCGCAACUGGAGACCAAAGUAAGUAAGGUGUGGGUGAUGUUUGAAGAUGAAGAUCAUCUCAUAAACUAUUGAUUAAAGAAAGCUUAAUCAAUUGGAUCAAGAUUUAUCAGCUUCUUGUUUAUCACUAAUAAAUGUUCAAUUGACAAUUUAUUAACGUGACUGUUUCGUUCUUGGAAGUUAAUUAAGAAUUUCAAAUUUGAUUAACUAGUGUAAACAAAAAAAGAUUAGACUUGCUUAGAUGAGAUAUAUGGCUUUGCUCAUAGCCCAAACCAAUGUGUAUUUAUAUUUUUUUUUUCCUUGUAAAAAAUAACCUCGUUUCAAUAAAAAAAUAUCUUUCAUUACUAUAA